AUGGCUGUUGUUUCGAAGCUAUUGGGCUUUUCUAACCUUACGCUUGCUGCGGUUGUCGAGUCGUUCGUAGCCAUCAAGCUAUUUCCAAAUUACUAUAGCACACAAAGUCACUUGGUAGCUGUGGCUACCAUUUUACUCGUCAACUAUGCCUUAGGAGUCGUUUUCUGGGUGUUGCUAUACCCCCUUCUAUUCAGUCCGCUCAGACGCAUUCCUGGCCCAAAGUCAUACCUGAGCGCGGCUCAUCGUGCCCUUAUUGUCAAGGACAAGCCCGCUGGCGAACUUUUCCUGGAACUUGGGAGACAAUAUCCUGGAGAAGACCUGAUCACCCUCAACUCCAUGCGAGACCAGAUAUGCAUCAUGAACCCUCAGCUUUUAGCAGAUCUGCUCGUCCAUAACUGCUACGACUUCGCCAAACCAACAAGAAUCCGCUCAUUCCUGCGACACAUCCUUGGCGAUGGCCUCAUCAUUGUAGAGGGCGAUCAGCACAAGUUUUUGCGCAAGAACACAACACCUGCCUUCCACUUCCGACAUAUCAAAGAGUUUUAUCCAAUGAUGUGGGCAAAAGGAGAGACACUUACAAGAGCACUAAACCAGGAUAUGACUACCUCUAGAUCAUCGGUCAUUGAGCUUAACGGCUGGGCGAGUAAAAUCACUCUGGACAUUAUUGGCAUCGCUGGCCUAGGCCGCAAGUUCGAUACUGUGGAGAGGAAGAAGGAUCCGCUUGCCGAUAUUUACGAACAGCUCUUCGAACCGGACCGAGAAAAGCUCAUCUUUGGUAUGCUUUCCUUGGCUAUCGGUCUGCCGAUCAUUCGAUUAAUUCCUUGGAAGAUGAACGCUCUGUUCAACUAUCUGACGGGGUCACUGAACGAGCUUUGUUUCCCAAUGAUCAAGGAAAAGAAAGCUGCCAUCAUGGAAAAGGAGGAUAGCCAUUUUGAUGUAUUGUCGCUUCUCAUCAAGUCCAACAACUUCUCAGAUGAGGCCCUGAAGGACCAGCUUCUGACGUUCUUAGCGACAGGGCACGAAACAACCGCAUCGGCACUUACUUGGGCAUGCUACCUUCUCACUAAGCAUCCGGAGAGCCAGGAAAGGCUACGGGAUGAAAUCGGAGACGCGUUACCGGAGGAUAUGGAUAAUGCUUCGGCAGUUGAUCUUGCUGGCAUCCUUGAGCAACUGCCUUAUCUUAAUGGCAUCAUGCACGAGACACUACGACUUUACCCAACGGUACCAAUGACCAUGCGUCAAGCUGUCCGCGACACCCGAAUUGGAAAUCAAUUUAUCCCCGAGGGUACAGAUAUUAUCGUUUCGAUCUGGUACAUUAACCGCUCUCCUGAAAUCUGGGGACCUGACGCGGCAGAAUUCCGCCCCGAGCGAUGGAUCGCAGAAGAUGGGAAGCCGAACCAGAAUGGCGGAGCGAGUAGCAACUACAACUUCCUCACAUUCUUACAUGGACCCCGAAAUUGUAUUGGGCAGGGUUUUGCAAAAGCUGAGAUGCGAUGUCUGUUGGCUACUAUGGUUCGGUCCUUUGAGUGGACGCUGGCGAUGGAUGAUGCAUUGGUUAUGCCAAGGGGAGUUAUCACGAUUAAGCCGGAAAAUGGCAUGUAUUUGAAGCUGAAGGCUCUGUAG